AUGGAGGAGAAGACUUUGGAGCUGCAACGAAAAAUCGGCAACGGAGAUAUACGCGCGUAUCCGUAUUCUCGACGAGACGGGGCCGCGAGUUCGGGAGUGAGAAGCAGAAAAUCGGAUUCGACGGAACCAGCGACGGUGAGACCUGGCCAAGACGGACGCGCCAGACCUCACGGCCGGAUAUCCUGCGGGGAUCGACAGAACGCUGUAUCGCCGGUCACUGCGGAAUUGGAAAAGGUGGAGGAAUACGAAAGUUACACUUGCAUGCGAAACGGCGUCGUGUCGGGACCGGAAGUACCGGCGGCAAAACUGUCGGACUCCAAUACGAAGUUAUACUCGCAAUCAAUUCAGAACAAUUACCGAGAGGAAAACAGCUGGUGGGCGUUGGAGGAGAGCGGAGGUCAGGAGAUAAGGGAGCGCGAUAAGGGUGCAGCGGUGGCGGGUGAGCUGGCUUGCCUCGCGGGUUACAUGGCGGGGUACUUGAAGGCGGCGGGUGCCACUUGCGGCCCGACCGGGAGUCCUCAGUACCACCCCCACAGUCAUCCGGCAAUGGGGGUCGGAACUCAUCCACAUCCGCAUUCUCACCCGCAUCCAGGCGCGCCUCACCCUGGACUGCCUUCACCGUUCGCCCUGGCGUCACAUGGUCAUCCGCAUCCAAUUCCCCUGGAGCAUGGACUCGCGGCUUUUCCACAAG